AUGGACAGCGCUUCUGUAGAUGGCUCGGUCUUCGAUGCAGAACUCUCUACUUCUCCCUCCUCCCCUCCUAACCCGGACGAUCUGGAGAAGCUCAGAGCCAUGGAUCAAUACCGUAUGAACCUUUGGAUUCUAACACAACGAGACCGACCGAUUCCCUCAAUGGAUGACAUGAAGAAGUAUCUUGAUAGACCACAAGACAACGCUUCGCGACGGAGACGCGCUGUCCAAGAGUUGGACGAGCAGUUUGAAGAAGACCUCAACAGAAUGUACUUGGCAGAAUCAGAAGACUACCUGAAGGAGGCGCACGACCGAUAUCGGGCUUUUGAGAAUGAAAUCGUGGAUCGUGAACGACUAGAAGAAGCCAAGGCCAUAUCUUCGAAGAACCUGUGGGACCACGUCUACUCCCACGUAUAUACGACCUACCAACUCAAAAAGGGCACAAUCGAAGGAUCAGAGGCUCUCCUCCACUUCCCACAAACCCCAGCAGGCUACAAGGCUGCCUCCGUUGAAACGCAACAGGCUGUGGCAGAGUUCUUGAGCCUGACAACACCCGAGGACAAGGAGAUUCGGCUUGCUAAACACAACUGGACAUGGUGGCAGACGAAUCCACUGGAAGAAACCUUUGAUUCAGACCCCGAGUUCAAAGACAUUGUUCAAAGAGUUCUGAAUGCUGAGCCAUGGAGCAGGGACCCUCGUCGACGGACUAGCAUAUAG